GAAAGGGGAUUGGAAACGAAAUUUUUACGAAAUUUUUGUGUGAAGCAUUCCGCGUUAUAGGGCGUGGCUAAAACUACAAAGGAUUAUAUUUAUAGUCAGCAUGCUCAUUACCAGUCUUGACUGCUCUACAAUGUGCUGUACAUAGAAACAGUGAAAUUGAUCAUUUUUAAUGUUGAUUUUUCUAAAAAGUAAAGAGAAUUUAGCUCUAAAAAGUCGACUAAGCCAUGCAGCCACUAUUACUAGACAAAUAAAUGCUAUGCAAGAAGAAAUAGCCUUUACUAUGAAGUCGUAGGAGGGACAGGCCUGUGGCGUGUCUAAAAGUAUACUAAAGCAGUUUGAAGGACUAUACUGCAAACGUUUAUGAACAGUACAGCUUAUUUAUAGCAUGAAGCCAUUCUAUGUAGCACUUAGAUACAUAAUAACCAAGUCAAGCAAUGUCCUUUGCUGUUUUCACUUCACAGGAGGGACAGAGAAAAGUUGACAUAGAGUAAUUCAAGCUAAACUCAAAAAAAUUGGAAACAGAGUAAAGACAACGGACUUAGAGCUUGUCAGUGGUAUAAGCUUACUUCUCUCAAGUAUCUCCCAGGCCCUGAGUGAUCUCUAGUGGAUAGGAGAGCUAGAAACCAGGGAUAUAAAACUUUUCCAUGUAAUUAUUUGCGAGCGCAAUAAUUACACAGAGUGCUUCACCGGAUGUCAGUCCUUUUACAUAGGGCGUGGGCGGUCGUUUCCAAUCCCCUUUCUUUUGUAUCUCUGCUUCACCGGAUGUCAGUCCUUUUACAUAGGGCGUGGGCGGUCGUUUCCAAUCCCCUUUCUUUUGUAUCUCUGAUAUAAUGUAGUUUAUGUCUAGCUGGGAUUUGUUUUCAUGCAGUUAGCGAUGGAUCUUCUUGUCCAGAUAUGUCUCCUGUUCUAUCUCCUAUCAUCUUUUGUUGUUGCAGAGGCCACUUUGGAUCUGAUGUAUAACACGAGUGUGGCGUGUCCUGGAGAGACAGUUCUGUUCACAUGCUUCGUACCUGAUGGUGUUGCAUUGCAAUGGAGAGUAGAUCCUCCAGCAGAGUCUAUGUUGAUGUCAGAAGCACAAACGAAUCCAUUCGAUAUAUUCUCAAAAGUUGGUCGAAGGGACACAUUUGGAUCUGGAGUGAUCAUGUUUGAGGUUGUUCUUGUAAGCAAUGAUAAUGGAAAUCUGACGUCCACUCUCAUCAACCUUAGUGAAGUGUCUGUACUGGAUGGUAGCAAUGUCACCUGUGUUGCUACUAUUAAUAAUGGUGUUGUAAUAGAGUCACAACAGACUGUAACAGUUGCUGGUGCCCCAACUUCUCCACUCAACCCAAUAAUUUCCUCCAUUCAAAAUCAAACUCUCUCUUCCAUUAUCGCUCUGGACUGGAACUCCCCCUCCUCUAUUGGUGGUGUGUCUGUCAGCUAUGCCCUCACCAUCUCCCCAACACCUCUCUCCGAGUCACCAGUCACCGUGGAGACCACCUCGGCACAGAUAACCAUCUCCUACGACACUCACUACACUGUGACCAUCAAAACUGUCAACUGUGCUGGCAAUAGCAGUGCUGUAAUGGUGGUGAUUCCUGCUAUUGUUACCUGCCCCUCUAAUCCACCACCUGCGGAUCCAGUGACCAUCAAUGGUCGUCCACCACUGCCUGUACUAAUAGGAUCAAUACUAAGCUUCACUUGCAAUAGACAGACAGUAACUGCAACCUGUGAGAGUGAUGGACGAUGGUCAUCUGACCCCACCACUUACAUGUGUCUCUCAGUUGCCACCUGUGGUUCGCCUGCUGCACCAUCUAGAGGUAGUGUGGACCUCAGUGGUGGGACACCACCCUUCUCACUGGGUUCACAGGUCACCUACCGCUGUGAUGAGGGACUGUUCCCCCCUAAUGUGAGGACCAGUACAUGCACUGAUGUGGGGGGUAGGGGAGAGUGGGUGGAGAAUCCUGGGAGCUUGGUGUGCAGAGAGAGGCCAGUCAACUGCUCUUUUCCUGAGGAGCCAUCCAACGGUGCUAUAGUGGACUAUGAAAGGGUGAACAAGACAGUGUUGGAGGGAACAGUGCUGACUUACCAGUGUGACAAUGGACUCUCACUGAUAGGACCCAACACCAUCACUUGCACUAAUUCUGGAGUCUGGAGCACUGAGCCAGAGGAUACUAUGUGUGUACCUAUAACAACAGGUCGUGAGUAA